CUCCUCUCUCGGGCCAACCUUGGACAACAUGCCGCUUCCAAGCGAGUCGCGCCGCAGCAACUUUGUCAGCGUCCGGACCUGAAUCAUCCUCCUCAGCCUCACUUCCCUCCUCACUCACACCAAACCACACAAAGUCCCUCCCGAGACCCGACAUGUGGACGUGGCGCACCUGAGGACCUGGGACUACACAUGUUGAGGAGGAACCUCAACUUCCAAAAGACACUUUCAUUUGGAGUCUUUCUGUUUGGAGGCGUCCUGUUGAAAUGGGUGAAGUGUGGACGCGCUGCCUCGUCCUGCUGGCGGCUCUCUGUGGAUUAGGGUUUGGACACAACCCCAACACAUGCGAAGAAGUGCGCAAAGUUUUCCAACUCAGGCAAAUUGGACCCAGUCAAUUAUUGCCUUUAAGUCCCAGAGCAGGUUCAGACCUCCAGGUGUGCUCGUCCAAGAACCUGACCUGCUGCACCAAAAAGAUGGAGGAGAAGUACCAGGUGGCGGCUCGCAGAGACAUCCAGAACCUGCUCCAGAUGUCCAGCACCAGCCUGAAGUUUCUAAUCUCCCGCAACGUGGCCGCUUUUCAAGAGACCUUUGAGCUUCUGAUGAGACACGCCGAGAAUCACACCAACGCCGUCCUUCAGGGGUUACACCACAGCAUGGCCGAUCAGGCUGCGGGCCCUGUGCGAGAACUCUUCACCGACAUCAGUCUCUUCCUGCUGGGGUCCGAGCUCAGCGUUGAUGAGUUGGUGCAGAGGUUCUUCGACGCUCUCUUCCCUGUUGUCUACAAUCACCUCAUCAACCCAGGUCCUGGCGAAAUAUCACCAGGCUACGCUGAGUGCGUGAGGUCGUCGAGACGCGACGUGAGACCGUUUGGUGGGGCGCCCGGCCUCCUGGCAGAUCAGAUCGCUCGCUCUGGGGUCUCCGGGAAGCUCCUUCUUCAGGCGCUGCACCUCGGCAUCGAGGUCAUCAACACCACAGACCACUUGCAGCUGAGCCGCGAGUGCAGACGGGCCCUGCUGAAGAUGCACUACUGUCCUCACUGCCAGGGCUUAACCCAGUCGAAGCCCUGCAUGGGUUACUGCCUCAACGUGAUGCGGGGCUGUUUGGCGAGCAUGGCCGAGAUCGACGCCCACUGGAGGGAGUUCGUCCGCUCGCUGGAGGGCCUGUCGGCGCGAAUGCAAGGACCUCAGGACUUAGAGCAAGUGCUUCUGGGAGUUCACGCGCUGCUUCGUGACGCUGUCGGGCAUGCUCAGAAAAGUGGACCCCGCCUCUUGGCACAGGUGCACAAACUGUGUGGCACGCCGAGCAGGAAGCCAACACAGUUAGUCAGCAUCCAGCUCAGCAGCAGCAGCAGCAGCACAGACUCCAUCGCUCUCAAAGCUCCUGUUAGACCGCUUGGAGACUCGCUCGCUGUCAGGAGAAGGGACUUUCUGAGCAGCAUGCGUCACUAUCGUACGUACUAUGGCGGCCUGGCAGAUCAGCUGUGUGUGAGUGAGCUGGUGUUUGGAGACGGGCAGUCCUGCUGGAAUGGAACCGACAUCGUAAAAAGCUACACCCUCCGUGUGGUCGGCAAUGGGAUAAAAGCUCAGAGUGGAAACCCAGAAGUCAAGGUGAAGGACGCCGACCCUGUGAUAAAUCAAAUCAUUGACAAACUCAAACACAUCAAUCAGCUGUUGCAGGGAAAGUCCAUUCCUAAACUGGGCUCACUGGACCAGAUUGAAACAGGCAGUGGAGACGUGGAGGGACGUUACAGCGGCGACUGUGAUGAUGAGGACGGUUGUGGAGGUUCGGGUGGUGGUGACGUUAAGAGGAAAGUCUCAAGAGUCUCCAAAAUGAGCCCAGAUGCGACCGGUGAUCACAGACAUCAUCAUUAUCAUCAUCCACCUGUCGAGGACGCGGAGAUGGAGGGCAGAUCCAGGGCCCUCGGACUGACAGGAGCCGUCUGGGUCUUGAUAUUGCCUUGUCUACAUAUGCUCCCGGCCUUGUAACAGCUGCAUUUUUGCAGCGUGAAACUUUCAAGACUUGAUUUCAAGCUUAUUUAUCCAUAAAUGAAAAGGGCCAGUGGACGUGAUAUGCUCCAGUGUGUAAUGCAGCAGCACUUCGACACAGUGCAGAACACGGCGGGAGUGAAUUCAUCGCGCGGAAAAAGACGAGACACUGGGGCUCCUGUAUGAGAGCAAACGGUUCAGCUUUGCAAAUAUUAACUGUCCUAUUGUUUUUUUAUCAGUUACCUGCUGUUUAUUAGCACUAAUAAUGAAUUAUAACAACCAAUUUCACAAAUGUAAGUACUGCACACAUUGUAAAAAUGUCUUAUUAAUUUAAUGAUCUGUAGAUGCAUUUUAAUGUUGGAUUUGAAAUUUAAAAUAUUUUUACAAGCCCAA